CACUGAUGAUCAGUGUGCCCUGAUGAUCAGUGUGGCCCCAGAAGUGCCACCUGUCAGUGCCCAUCAGUGCCACAUCAAUGCCACAUAUCAGUGCAUACCAGUGCACAUCAAUGCCACAUAUCAGUGCCCAUCUGAGCUGCCUUUCAAUGUCACCCAUCAGUGCCAUGCCAGUCAGUGCCGCCUAUCAGUGCCAUACAUCAGUGACAUGUAUCAGUGCUGCCUUUCAGUGCCCAUCAGUGAUGCCUGUCAAUGCCCAUCAGUGCCACCUACCAGUGCCUCCUCAUCAGUGCCCAUCAGUGCCACCUAUCAGUGCCCAUCACUGCAGCCUCAUUAGCGCACAUCAGUGAAGGAGAAAAAUCACUUAUUUACAAAAUUGUAUAA